CAGAAGUCCGGUAUGUUAUUCCGGAAAACGCUCGUGAGCAGAAACACAAUUUGUAUUCUCGUUUUGUUUUUGUUGCUUCGCAGAUUGGAGCCUCCAGAGCGGUUUACUCUCCGGGAGUUUAUUACAUGUGACGAGAUCACGCGAUCAGGAAGCAAAGAAGCAGGGCAGCAGAGCUCUGGUUGGAUGGCGUCUCUCCGCGGCGUGGCUCUCCAAGAGCAGAUCUCCAUCAUCCUGGGCGCUCUGACCACCGCCGCCGUGCAGGAGAUCUGUGAGCUGGUGGCGGAGGGAUACCAGGCUCUGCAGACGGAGAUCCAGCGCAAACACAAGGAGAACCAGGACCUGAAGAAGAAGCUGAUCCUCAUCGAGUCCAUCGUGGUGCGGGGGGUGAGAGCGGGGAUCGAACCGGCAACUGAGGGGAGAGCGGGGAUCGAACCGACAACUGAGGACGCACAGCAACCGGAGAAUGACCGGGGACACACAACAGCUGCUGGAGGAGGAGGAGCGGUGCUGAGGGAGGAGCUUCCCGACGUGGUGUUGAUCAAAGACGAAGACUCGGACAGUAACCACAGCUCAGAGGAAGAUGAUAAGACGUCUUCCUCCAGAGAUCUCGUCAGCCGGAGCGUGAAGAGACUCUGGCCCGGAGGCGAGGACGCCGACAGGAAGUCCUCCUCGGAGCCGCCGAAACCAGCGAAGAAGAACUUCCCAGUGUAUUUGGUGGAUUCUCUGGAGGCCGGAGAGUCGCUGGGAUCCUUCUCCUCUCACACGGACCCGAACAGACCCUCGUUCUUCAGCCUGACAGAGUCUCCCUCCAGCAGCCCCAGAACUACACUUCAGAUGACGGACUCUCCUUCCAGCCCCAGAACGCUGCCGCCCUUCCCUCAGUUUCAUCAGAGCGGGAACCUGGAAGACGGCGACGCCUUCGGGCUGAAGAUGGUCAGCGUCAGCGGCUCGUAUUCGAACGAGAGCAGCGGCUCUGCGUUUGAUUACGAGAUGAGGGACCAGUUUAGCGGCGCUGAGGGAGGGAAGCGUCUGUUUUGCCCCGUGUGUUCGAAGACUUACGCCACCUCUCAGAACCUGGAGGUGCACAUGAGGAUCCACACCGGUGAGAGGCCCUUCAGGUGUGCACAUUGCGGGAAGAAGUUCACGCAGUCGGCGCACCUGAAGGCUCACGAGCACGUGCACAGCGGGGAGCGCCCGUACACGUGCACGCUCUGCCCGCGCAGCUUCAUCGUCAAAUACAGCCUGAAGCUGCACAUGGACCGCUACCACGCCUCUGGAGGCGAACAAAAUGUAAUGUUGACAUAAUGUGUAAACAAGAGAAUACGUUUUUACCUACAAAUGUACUUAAGUACAGUAACGGAAGUAUUUGUACUUCACUACUUCCCACCUCUGGUUUUCAAAUGCUUCCUGUUUUCCACCACCAGGAUUCAAGGCUUUUAAUGGCAUGUGUUCAGAGCUACAGUGUAGCUGAGGUCACAGGCUCCUCCAGCAGAGCAACACAAUAACACAGAUACAAUAGUGCAGGUUAAUACAAAUAGAAUAUAAAUAGUGCCAUAAGAGUCUAUAAGUGAUUGGAAUAUGAUAUAUUAGAUAAAUAAUGUGUAAGUUGCAAACAGAUGAAUGUUAUGGAUGUUCUUAAAAAGGUGCAGGUGUUGAACCGCCUCAUGGCCUGAGGGAUGAAACUGACCCUGAGUCUGGAGGUUUUAGACCAGAUGCUGCAGGUGAAUGAUGUGUGUGAUGGAAACCUCUGAAGCAAUGGAGACGAAACUCAGAGAGCUGGAACUUUGAUGGCAAACACUGACGGUUUAUUUGGAGCUUUGGCAAAACAUGAGCUGAGCCACGAGGUGACAUUACAUUACAUGUUAGUCGCUUUUAUCCAAAGCAACUCACAUACUCAAUACUGCGGGCAAUCCCCACAGGAGCACUUUGGGGUGAAGAGUCUCAGGGACACAACGACAUGCUGACUGCAGUGGGGUUUGAACCUGUGACCCCCUGA